AUGCAUAUUAAAAAAUUAGGUAUAUACUUGGAUAAUUGUAACAAAGGCUAUACAAAUAUUUUUUUUCUGUAUCCAUACAAUAAUUAUUUUCCUCUUUUAAAAAAAUUCUGUACAAUAAACCAAUUUCUAAGACCCAUAUGUAUAGACAAUAAUAAGAAAUUAUAUUAUACUUUUGAAAAAAAUAAAUUACAUGUGCGCAACUUAUUAACUAAGAGGGAUGAAAAUGAGGUAGAUAAUAAUAAUAAUAAUAAUAACAUCACUCCCCUUUUUAAUGAUAAAUUGAUUAUAGAUAAAGAAUUAAAUAGUAAUAAAAUGUUUUCGCAUUAUACAAAAUGUUAUAUACAAAAAGAAAGUGAACAUAUUUUAGUUUUAUGUCUUAAAAAAUUGAAUGAAUAUGAAAAAAUAAAAGAUAAAGCAAAACUAAGUGUCUUCAUCUAUGAAUUACAGAAUUUAAGCAAGUCGAAAAUUUCAUUUAAUAUUUUAAAAAAUAUAGAUAUCAUAAAUAAAUUAUUUAUACACAUUAAUGAGAAUAUUCAACAUGCAUCAUCUCCUUCGUUAUUAUUAUCCGUGGCCUUAAGUUAUAGAAAUAUAAAAUUAAAUAAAUAUACCUAUUUUAAAAAUGUAUUACGAGCUGUAUGUAAUAAUAUCAAGGUUUAUAAAACUACCAAGUUAAAUAAAUUACUAAGAAAUGAAAACAACAACAACAACAAUAAUAAUAAUAAUAAUAAUAAAGAGAGUUAUGAAUAUACAAUUGAAUUACUUAAUAAAAAUAAAAAAAAAAAUAAAAGUAAACAAAUUAAUAUGCUAAAUGUAUAUACAAAUAAUAUGAAUAACAGCACAUUAUGUUAUAUAUUAUAUUCCUAUUCAACGCUAUUUACCAUAUCUAAUUCUUAUUUAUUAUAUAUUUCUAAAUAUAUAUUGUUAAAUCCUGGAAAUUUAAAUUAUUUAGAUAUAUUGUCACUUUUAUAUUUCUUAAGUAGAAACAAUUUAAAAAUAAAAAAAAAUGAUUUACUAUAUUAUAAAGAUAUACAAUUAAAUAAUAUAAAUAAAAAUACUACAACUAAUACUUCCAUUGAUAAAAAUGAAAUUAAAAUAAGCACUCAAGAUGAUUCCUAUUCGUUAUGUAAACAUAAAACAAACGUUAAUGAUACAAAAAAAAAUAAAAUAAUAAUCAAUGAUAUAUCUUCUCUAAAAAAUAUAAAUAAUAAAUAUGAUGAAUAUAAAAAUACAUAUAUGAAAAUAUUAAGAACCAUAAUUUAUAUUAUAAGUAAAAGGAAAAUGCUCUUCGAAAACCCAAAUAUUUUAAUCUUAAUAUUAUAUUAUUAUUUCAAAUUGAAUUUGAUACCUAUACAAAUAUUUUAUAAACUUCAUUUUAAAAUAAAAAAAAAUAUUAAAAAUAUUGACAUAAAAUAUGUAUCAUUAUAUUUAUACAUUUUAAGUAAUAUCAAUUUUAAUAUUAGCUAUUAUAAAUUCAUAUACAAAUAUUUGACCAAUGUGUUUCAGUAUAGACAAAAAGAAUUUAACAUUCUUUCUUUAUCCAUGUCAUUUUAUUCACUUUCCAAGAAUUUUUAUUUUAAUGACCAGUUUAUAAAUGUUUGUUUGAAUUUAUUCUUAAGAAAUGCAAAAGGAUUAAACGAUAUUCUCAUAACGAAUAUUAUAUAUACCCUUGGAAAAUUAAAAAUAAAAAAUGAUGAAUUAUGUGACACAUUAUGUGAUAUUCUUUCUGGAAGAAUGGAAAGCAUGUCCAUUUUAAAUUUAAGCUUGAUUGUUCAUAAUUUAUCAAAACUUAAUUAUAAAAAUGAGAAUUUUUAUAAGUUAUGUUUGGAAAAAGGAAAAGAAUUGUUUCCAAUAUUUACAGCAAAACAAUUGGUAAUUUUUACAGAAGGAAUGAUAAUGAAUAAUAUUUAUGACUACGAGUUUAUUGAAAUGUUUUUCAAUAAGCUAAUAAAAAUAGACAAUAUUGAAAAUAAGAAAAAAACAAAUAUAUUAAAUAAAAUAUGUUUUAGUUUAAUUUUAGAAAAGCAAGAUUUUAUAAAAAGAUUUCCUUUAUCUAUUAACACCAUGAUAUCGAAACAUAUGGAUUAUAUUCAGAAAAAAAGCUUUAUGUCUAUUCAUGAUGAAAUAGUAAAUAUAUUAAAUUAUUUGAAUGUUGAAAAUUUUGAAAUUUUAAAAGAAAAAAAACCAUAUAUGUUUGAUAUAUAUAUUCGAAAUAAUGAUAGUAUAUAUAUAGAUAUAUUAUCACCGAAGGAAUAUUUGAAUGUUAAAAAAUUGGACGUUUCGAACAAUCACGAUAAUAAUAAUAAUAAUGAUAAUAAUGAUAAUAAUAAUGAUAAUAAUGAUAAUAAUAAUGAUAAUGAUAAUGAUAAUAAUAAUAAUAAUAAUAAUUAUUAUUAUUAUAAGGAUAAACAAUUGAGUGCAUUUAUUGAACUGAAAAAAAGACACAUGUCUAAAUUGAAUGCAAAAUAUUUAUACUUUGACAAAACUAGCUAUUUAUCUCUAGAUAGUAUAGAUAAAAAAAUUAAAUUUAUUAAAACCUUUUUGGAAAAAAAAUGUUCAUAUAAUUUUAAUUAUAUAAAUAAAACAAAAGAACAACAAAAAAAAGAUAUAAGCACCUUACUACUUUUUAAUGAAACACAAACAAAUUAUUAUCAAAAUAAGAUAGAACAACAAACGAAAUUUAUAAAAGAUAAAGAUAUUAUGUCACGGUAUCAUAAAAAAUAUCCUAUUAAAAAUAAAGAUUUUUAUUUAUUUCUUUCGUGUGCAAAAACUGAAAAUAUAAUAAAAAAUUAUCAUAAAAAAAAAAAAAUUAAAGUAAAUUAUAAGGAACCUUUAAUAAAACAACAACAAAUAUUUGUCAACUGUGAUGAAAAAUUAUUGUUACAUGAAAACAAAACAGAAUUAUUUAAAAAUACUUUUACUGAAUAUUCAAAAGGUAUGAUAAGCAAAGAAAAUAAUCCUUUUUAUAAUCAAUAUGACAAAGAAAGGAAGUUUUUAUUUCAUAAAAAAUGUCAUGGAUUAAGUAAAUAUGAAUAUAUUGAUGAAAAAACUAAUAAAAUUGUAAUAAAAAAAAUGUCUUAA